AUGGUAAAACGAAAGGUUGCCGCGCUCGAGAAGAUCGAUGCGGACUUUGCUAGCUUGCAAAACAAGAUCCGUCGCGAUCCUAGAUCAUACAAGGACGAUUUCCAGAAGCAAUGGCAGCAGUACGAAUCCCAGAAAGAGAUCUUCCUCGUCUCGCCCUCAACAGCCACGGCGGAGUCCGUCGAGUCGUUCCACAACAUCAUUGACCUCAUCGCGCACGUCGCCGACUGCUACAUAGAAGAGACGAAGACUUUUCCCGAGGAUCUGAAGACCAUAUUGACGCAACAUCAUGCCAUACUCAACCCUGACCUGCGAGAGAAGAUUGUGGGGAGCUUGGUACUGCUGAGGCGAAAGGAUGUCAUGGACUCGGCAAGUCUGCUGACGACUCUGUUUCCCAUUCUUGUGUCGUCGCCUAGCAAAUCUCUGCGCGCCCUACUCUUCCAGAAGAUUACCAUGGAUCUCCGAAACUCGAACUCCAAGUCCAUAAACCACCCGCUGAACCGGACGGUGCAGACCGUGCUCUACAACUUGGUUACCGGGGAUCGUUCGUCCGCCAAGGCCCUUUGGGCGGUGAAGCUUACGAGAGAGCUGUGGAAACGCCAACUCUGGACGGACGCGAAGCCGGUCGACGUCAUGAAAGAGGCGUGUCUGUCAGAUAACGAGAAAGUCGUCGUUGGUGCUGUGCGCUUCUUCCUCGGAGGUGACAAGGAACGUGAGGAGCUCGAGGACGAUAGCUCUGACGAGGAAACUAUCGAUCUUAAAAAGGUCCAGCACCAGCUGGGUAUCAACAAGAAGACGAGAAAGAAGGCCAAGGCACUCGAUCGCGCCAAAGAAAAGAUUAGCAGGCAAGAAAAGAAGAAGCACGCGCCUCAUCCGCUCAACUUUUCUGCUCUUCAUUUGCUACAUGACCCUCAGUCGUUCAGCGAGACUCUGUUCUCCAAACACCUCCAAAACACCAAAGCGAAGCUUUCGCUCGAUACCCGGCUACUAGUUUUACAGCUUGUCACGAGGCUUGUCGGUCUUCACAAGUUGACCAUCAUUUCCCUCUACUCCUGGUUUCACAAGUUCCUCACGCCCAAACAACAGUCCGUCACGUCGUUCCUGGCAUCUCUUGCGCAGGGAACACACAAUCUUGUCCCCCCGGAGUCGAUUGAGCCGCUUCUCCAGAAGGUUGCCAACGAGUUCGUUUCGGAAGGUUCGGCAGGUGAAGUCGCGGCGGCUGGCCUCAACGCUAUUCGAGAGGUUUGUGUGCGGCAGCCCCUCGCGAUGAACGAGACUCUCCUACAGGAUCUUGUACAAUACCGCAAGAGCAAAGACAAGGGUGUCAUGAUGGCUGCCAAGGGUUUACUCUCUUUGUACCGAGAAGUCGGUGCGGAGCUUCUGCGGAAGAAGGAUCGUGGCAAGGAUGCCACAAUUGGUCUUAAGACUGGAGACCUUAAGCAUAAGAAGUUUGGUGAAGAAGAAGCCAGCGGUAUCGAGGGUCUUGAGCUCCUUGUGAAGUGGAAGGAGGAGCAGAAGCGGAGGAAACAAGAGGAGAAGGCAUUCACGGGCAACGGUGAAGAAAAGAAGGACGGCGAGGACGAGGAUGAGGAGGGAUAUAAUUCUAGUGACUGGGAAGUCGAAUCCAUUGAUAGCGAUGACUUGGGUGGCUGGAUUGACGUUGUUCAUUCUGAUGACGAGGAAGAGCCCGCACCGAAGAAGCGCAAGACUGGUGAAGGAGAAUCAGAAGACGAAGAUGAUGAUGACGCCGCAGAAAGCAAGGAGGAGAACGGCGCAUCCAUCUCCAAGCUCGCCACUACCACAAUCCUCACGCCCGCCGACCUCGCCAAACUCCAAGAGCUCCGCAUGGAAGCCAACCUCAAGAAGGAAGUAAUGGGCGUCAAGACCCAGCGGCAAAAGGAGCGCGAAGCCCGCCACAUCGACGAGGGCGUGACGGCUGAGCAGAUCGAGCUCCCCGCGACGUUAGGCCGCAAGACGACCAAGGAGGAGAGGAUCGCGAUGGCCAAGGAGGGCAAGCUCUCGCGCGAGGAGCACAAGUCGACGCAGGCGAUCAGGAGGGAGAAGAAGGUUUCGGAGGGCAAGUCUACGACGAAUAGGGAGAAGUCGAAGAAGAAGAAUUUCUUCAUGACGUUAGGUAAGGCCAAGUCGAAGCAGAAGAGGAGCUUGGUGGAGACGAGGAAGGUGUUGAGAAGGCAUAUUGAUAGGAGCAAGAGGGGUGGGAGGGGAAGCAAUCAGGGUUAG